UAAUAAGUCAAAAACAUCUGAAUCAUCUUCUACUUCUACCACACUUCCCUCCACCUCCUCUUUGAGCCCAACGCUAACUCAAGAACUGGUCCUCCCAACCCCCCCUCCCCCUUUCAGAGAUUCACGUCAUCCAGCAUCUAUAAAAAUCCCCACCCGCAAUACAGCAAUCUAGACCGGAUCCUCGCACUUGCAUUUGCAUUUGCAUUUGCAUUUGUGACUGGCUAGAAGAGCAAGCAUGGUAGUAGACACAUCAUAUUAUGACGCUCUCGGCGUCCAGCCGACAGCUACCGAGCUCGAGAUCAAGAAGGCCUACCGCAAGCUGGCUAUCAUCCACCAUCCAGACAAGAACCCAAACGAUCCCACCGCCCACGAAAAGUUUCAGACCAUCGGCGAAGCCUAUCAGGUCCUCUCGGAUCCUGAUCUAAGAAAGGCAUACGAUAAAUAUGGAAAAGACAGCGCCAAACCUACCGAGGGUUUCGUCGACCCGGCGGAGUUCUUUAGUAGUAUAUUUGGCGGCGAUGCCUUCGUCGAUUGGAUUGGAGAAAUUACUCUCAUGAAGGACUUGACUACCACUAUGGAUAUCACUAUGGCCGGCGAGGAAGAAGGGGACGAGGCGGAAUUCCCUGGUAUUGAGGAAGCUAUGCACGAGAGUGCAAAGGCAGCAACUACUGAUUCCACCGAUGCUACUGGUGCUACUGGUUCUACUGGUGCCGGUGACGUACCGAAACCUACCGUAGUCGAAGAUGAACCUGAAAAUUCGGCCGCCGGAAUACAUCACGAUGCUCCCGCCGAUAAACCACCAGUCCCCUCACGCGGCGCGUCACCGAGUCCCAAUGCUUCCGGCACUUCGACACCGUCGAGACAUGCGAUACCCAUACGACCUGCGCUCAUGGACCGCCCGUCGGAUGAUGCACAAUUGCUAGGCCAGUCAGAAGAGGAAAGAGAGCUGCGCAAAAAAGAGAAAAAGAAGGGUGGCCUGACCAAAGAACAACGGGAUCAACUUGCGGCCUUUGAGAAGGAGCGCGCUAGAAUCCGGCAAGAGCGCGUCGACACGCUCGCCAAAAAGCUUGUCGACCGUAUAUCAGUGUGGACAGAGACAGACAAAGGUCCUGAUGUCACGAGGGCUUUCGAAGACCAGAUCCGCCUCGAGGUAGAAAACCUCAAGAUGGAAAGUUUCGGACUCGACAUCUUACAUGCUAUCGGUGCCGUGUAUAUGUCAAAAGCGACUGCGCUCAUCAAAUCGCAGAAGUUCCUCGGGAUCGGUGGCUUUUUUAGCCGUAUGAAGGAUAAGGGAACUCUUGUCAAGGAAACCUGGAACACCAUAUCGUCGGCCAUUGACGCACAGCAAACAAUGGAGGAAAUGGCGCGUAUGGAGCAGGCAGGUGGCGAGGACUGGACCGACGAAAAGAAGGUUGAGUACGAGCGCAGAGUCACAGGGAAGAUCCUCACGGCCGCGUGGCGGGGCAGCAAGUUCGAGAUCCAGAGUGUAUUGCGGGAGGUUUGCGAUAGCGUUCUCCAUGAUAAGAAAAUACCCUUGAAUAAGCGUCUGGAGCGAGCACAAGCGCUUGUUAUAAUUGCGGAUAUCUUUCAGAAGGCCCAGAGAACAGAAGAGGAAGGCGAGUAUAUGGCAUUCGAACAACUAGUUGCCGAAGCUGCUAUCAAGAAAGAAAAAGAGAAAGAUCCCAAGAAGAAGGGGAAAGACAAGAAGACUGACGUACACAAGGAAAAAGCGUAAUGAGCUUGCCUUGUGGAUGAUAGCGGACUCGCUAGGAGAUCACUUUCCUGGAAGCGAUCAGGAAACAUUCGAGAUUCAUUCUUAUUGUCCUUGAGACAUA